GUCGCUGGUGGGGGCCAUUUUUUGUGGCGAGUAUUCAGUAUUAAUUCGUUUGUGGAGCUGUUUAUUUCGCUUCGUGGAAAACCAAGUGGUUACCGUUUAAUUACCGUAAGUGCAACCCCCACUAUAAGGUCUGAUAUUCACGAGUGCAAGUGACCGACGUCCAAAGAGCAACGCUCGGGUGCAGUGCUCUGACAAAGGCUUCCCGCUUUUAGUGGUCCGGUGACUUUCGCCGGAGAAGUGACUCCAUCCCAGGAAUCAAGCUAAACAAAAAGCCCCAACCCACUUGUAAUAGUGUCAUGAGACAAUAAGGGAGCAUAAAGAAAGAAAGGAAAAGCGAAGAGAAGAGUAAGGCUCCUUUGUCACAUCUCUGAAAGAAUCUCCGUGGAACAUUGUAAGAGAUAUGACCGAAAGCGUGGAGCUGAUGAACAAGUACGGCGAGCCACUGCGCUACGACCGAAAUUUUACGGGUCCUCGGCAAAGAGAUCGUAGCUGCACUGAUGUGCCCUGCCUGCUGCUUUUUGCCCUAUUCCUGGCUGGAUGGGGAUUCAUCGCUCAUUACGCUAUCAAGACUGGGGAUCUCAACAAACUUUUGGUGCCCACGGACUCAUUCAACCGGAAGUGCGGCAUGGACUCCGGGGUGCUAAAUAAGGAAAACCUAUUCUUUUUUGAUUUGAACCAGUGCAUUGAUCCAAUCGUACCCCUGACGGGAUGUCCCACUCCCCAGGUUUGUGUGGAGACCUGUCCUAGCCAAACGUUCGUCUGGGACACUAUGAAGGACAAACUUAGCUUCCCGGAGCUGAAAAGUCGCCUAAUCUGUUUGACAGACGAGCACAAGUCGAAAAUUAGCAACAAAGGAGACAUUGAAGAGGCCAUUAAGCAAAACCAAUGUGCUCGCUGGUAUAUCAAGAGUGCUCCAUUCCUCAAAAGAUGCCUCUUUGAAUUCUCCCAAGGCGUAUGCGAUUACAUUCCAUCAUUCCUUCUACAGGGAGGUAGAUCAAGACGAGAGCUGCAGCUGUUGCCAGGGAACACCACCACGGAAGCCCAACUGCAGGCACAGGUUAUGGCCCUUAGCAUGGCAAAGGCCCAGGCUCUAGUUGUUCCGCAGGAAAAUAGCAAACAGACGCCAGUAGAUGAGGAACCGAUCAUCCAGUGCAAACGCAGACUCAACGAGGCUGUCAUCAAGGAGAAGAUGAUGCAGACGGAUACGAGACUGGCAAAGCUGGUGGGAAAUAUGGUGGCCCACUUUUACAACGGCACGCACGACGCUCAGCGUUUGGGUGAGGAGAUUGUGGAGGACCUGGUCAACUCCUGGUCUAUUGUUUUGGUUGCAUGCUUUUGCACGCUAAUUGCCUCAUUGAUUUAUAUUGCUCUUAUGCGAUGGCUCUCUGCUCCGAUCCUCUGGUUUUCCAUCUUCGGUGUGCUUAUCGGCCUUCUCGUUGGCAUCUAUUACACCGUCAAUCAAUACAUAUUUUGGGAGAAGACACCCACGGUACCGAUUCACGGCUUGAAUCUUCAAUCGACAGUCAAGAACGUUCUCCAAAAUCAGAACACUUGGCUCUACUUGUCUAUCUUCGUGGGCCUGUGCUUCGUGGUCAUUCUAUUGCUUGUGAUUGUGCUGAGAAAGCGCAUCCGGAUAGCGAUUGCCCUAACUAAGGAGGGUAGCAAAGCCGUGAGCAGUGUGAUAAGUACCGUGUUCUUCCCCAUCUUCUCCUGGAUACUCUUUAUUGCUGCCAUUGCGUUUGCCAUCGCCGUGGGCUUGUAUCUGGGCUCAAUUGGAGAUCCUUCGUUUAGAAUGGUCCGCCAGUUGACAGAAAGUGGAGAAGUGACCACCGAGGAUUGCAUCUGCGAGGGUCCAGCAAUUAACUACACUGUGGGAGGACCCUGCGACCCAAAAUUGUUCCAACAACAUUGCUCAAUACGGCAGACCGGAUUUUUCCAGCAAUCACAGCGGACAGCCUGUACGAAAACCACCUGCAGCUUUGACUCGAUUGAUAACCCGACUGAGAUAAAGUGGGCCAUCUUUUAUAACGUCUUUGGAUUCCUUUGGCUGAGCUUCUUCAUAUCCGCCUUCAGCUACAUGGUGCUGGCUUCGACGUUCGCCCGUUGGUAUUGGACCUUUAAGAAGAGGGAUGUACCGUACUUCACCCUUACAAGAGCUUUUUGUCAAACUGCAUUCUAUCACUUAGGUACCGUAGCCUUCGGGUCCCUGAUCCUUGCCAUUGUCCGUAUGAUCCGCCUUGUGCUAGAAUACAUCCACGAGAAGCUUAAAAAGUACGACAACGCGGUCACACGAGCCAUCCUCUGCUGCAUGCGUUGCUUCUUUUGGCUGCUGGAGACCUUCCUUAAGUUCCUCAAUCGGAAUGCAUAUAUCAUGUGCGCCAUCCACGGCAAGAACUUCUGUUCCAGUGCCGCGGACUCGUUUAACCUCAUUAUGAGGAAUUUCCUGCGUGUAGUGACGCUAGACCAGGUCACGGACUUUUUGUUCUUUCUAUCAAAACUGCUGCUAACAGCAGGCGCGGGUGUAUCCACCUACUACUUCCUGGUUAAUAAUCCGACCAUUAUUCAGCUACAUUACAAUGCGGUACCCACCACGGUGGUGGUAAUUGCCGCAUUUCUCAUAACGAGCGUGUUCUUUGGUGUCUACUCGACGGCCGUGGAUACGCUGUUCCUCUGUUUCCUGGAGGACUGCGAACGAAACGACGGCUCACCGGAGAAGCCCUACUUUAUGUCCAAGCAGCUAAUGAAGAUCCUAGGCAAGAAGAACAACCUUCCGCCGCGUCAGCGUCGCGGGAAGUAAGAGAUUUUCACGGGAAACGGCAGUGCAAAUUAUCAGUUAAUUGAUAUAAAAGAUAUAUAUGUAUAUAUAUAUAUAUAAAUAUUUAAUCUAUCCCGAAAUCGAAGGUGUUGUGAGCGAUUGCUCAACGAACUGCAAUAGGGUUUGCAUGAAAUGCUGAAUUCUUUGCCAGUACUCUUAAUCUUUAAUCUAAGGUAUAUAAUACGCCAGUAUCCAUAUGAAAAAGAUUUUUGAGCGACUAGACGUGCGAUCGGAUUGGACAUGUGAUAGGCGCGGACCAUAAAGACCAAAAGCAAUUUAAUACAAUUAUUUGUAGAUACACAAAAGUACAUAUCUCACAUUCAUGACAUUUAGGUUAAUAAUAAACUUAUAACAGUUUCAAUAUAAUUUCGAAUUUAAUAAAAAUGAAUUUCAUUGAA